UCAUCAACGGUGAUAGAUAAGUUAUAAAAGGAAAAGCUUGAAAGUGGCUCUUAACGAUUGAUACGAGUCGUAAAAUGUGGGUUUUGCAAGCUGUAAAUCUCAUUGCAUGGAUCUGAUACCUUUCUUCUUCAUUUUUACUUUUUUCCUUUCAUGUUUCUCGUGUUUCACUUUUCUUCAACACACUUGUCUAUAAUCUAUCUAUAUAUAUAAGCUCUGGUUACAUAUCUAAAUCGUUCCAUUGUGUUUUGCCACACUUAUAAAUAACAUCUUACGUUUCAAAUAAAUAUACACUAUAUAAUGUCUAACAUUCGUCCAUGGUUCCGUCUCUCUAGCAUCGCUAGACCAACAUCACAAGGUUCAAGCGAGCCUCCUCCACCUCAACCCCGACCAACUCCACGCCGUACGGUCGUAGUCAGACCUCCGGCAAAACAACCGUCACCUCCACGUCAGCGACAACCUCCUUCACCUCCACGUCAGCAACAACCUCCUUCCCCUCCACGUCAGCAGCAACAGCCUCUUACCCCUCCACGUCAGCAGCAACAGCCAACUUCACCUCCUCAAGAGCGGUCCCCAUAUCAUUCACCUCCAAGUCGCCACAUGUCACCACCGACCCCACCAAAGGCUGCGACACCACCGCCGCCACCACCUCGGUCGUCAUACACGCCGCCACCAUCUCCCAAGGAAGUUCAAGAAGCCUUACCACCGCGAAAACCAAACUCACCACGGAGUCCAGCUCAUUCAAGUCGGUCUACAUCAUCUGAGUCAGUGAAAACUCGGUCUGCAUCAGAGUCAGAGAAUCAUCGGAAAGCACCAUCACCGAGAGUACUCUCACCUUACUCUCUCCCACCUUCUCAGUUACAUUCGGAACGGGAAACCACUCAGAAAAACAUUCUCACUGCCGAGAAAACAAGCCAAACCCACGAACCAAGUCAUCAUAACCAGAACCAUAACUACAACCAGAACCAUAACUAUAACCAAAACCAUAACCAUCAAGGCAACAACCCCAAGAAGAUGCAUCGUCAACCAUCUACUUCCGAUUCUGAGAACAUAAUGAGCACACGAGUCAUCACCAUUGCAGGUGAAAACAAAGGUGCUGUAAUGGAGAUCCUGCGAUCUCCUCAAGGCAACAAAACAGGAGGUUCAGGAACACAUUCCUCAAGGGUUUCACACGGCACCGGAGAGAAAGGACGUCGACUUCAAAGCAGCAGCAGUAGCAGCAGCGACGAAGGAGAAGGGAAGAAGAAAACGACGAAGAACCCCAACAAUGGCAAUAGUAACCUCCCCAUGAAAGCUUUUAUGAACAGUAACGUUCAGAUGAUAAACAACUCCAUUGUUUACAACUCGACGGCAUCUCAUCAUGAUCCCGGCGUUCAUCUUAAAAUCUCCCGGAAACCUGGCUCCGACAAUGGUUUUCAUGUCAGUGAUUACGGUAAUAAUGGCGGAUACACCAACUGAUGAAAAAGAAGAAUAUAUCACGUUGGGUCUGGGAUCUUCCGGAUUAUUUAAAAAAAGAAUAAAGAAAAUAUGAGUGAGGUUAAUGGUUUCUGAUUCUUCUCUAAGCUUUUGGAGACCCUCUCACUUCUAUGGAGGCUUUGAUUCGUUUACUUUAAAACGAACCUUUUUUUUUUUACUACUUGUAAACGCCCCUUUGGUUCUCUCUGCCCUAAUUAAUGAGAAAUCUCUCUUUCAAUAAUCAUGAAAUCAUCCUAUUAUUACUA